CUCCUCCUUUCUUUCUUUCUUGCUUGCUCUCUCUCCCUCUCUCUCUCUCUCUCGGCAGGGCUGCGUCUCAUUAGCCUUUUGUGUGUGCGUGCGUGCGCUUCCGUUUUGCUCGCUUGUGUGCGUUUUAACGUGUGCUUACUCUCCCUCUUUCUUAUUUGAUCUCUUUCAUGCCAGGCUGAGGGUUCUGGGUUCAGGCUGCUUCCAUGAUGGUUCAAUCCCACUGACUCUGUUCCGCUGUCUGGAACUGCUCAGUUAGCAGUGGGUCUUUAUUCUGAGACAGAGGACAGAACACACUCUUCAAUUUGGGGAUGUGGAGGCUCUUUAUUGGUCUAGAAAGGACCUCAGUCUUCAAGGUUUGUCCAUUUAGUUAAAAAAACUGAGGAUGUUUACAGGGAUUCUUUCAUGGCGCAACCACGGUUUAGCUUCUCCACCGCUGGCUAUGGUGUACAUAUCCUGUCCACGCACGCACAUGCACACAGUUGGUUGGAUGUGGAACAGAAAGGCUGUGUUUGGUAGGAAAGGAUGAAUGCUGUCUGAAAGGAGGUGUUUUUGUUCCCUCUAUUGGUGAGUUGUGUAACCACCGGCCAUCCUAAACCAGCCCUAACACCAUGGUGUGUGUGUGUGUGCGUGCUUGCAAAUGUGUGUUUGAUACUGUUGUUUUGAAACGCAUCAAAUUCUUGUUUUUCUCUCAGUCAAAAACACCAAAAAUGUCACUUCUGCUGCAAACAAUUUUGCCAUACACGAAGGCUGUUUCCAAUUUUCUAUCUCUGUCUCGCUGCUUCUUUCAAAUAAAGCUGUUGGUCUUUGGAUUUCAACCACCUCCCCCUGCUCUGCUCUUGUUUAGUGGAUUCCGUUCUUCUUUUCAGUUAUUCUAUCCUUGUUUGUUUGUAUCUAUUCUCUCUCUCCAACUCUCUCUCUGUCUAUCUUUGACAACCUUUCAUUAGGAAUGUUCCCCCUGCCACGAGCAGACCGUAUUCAGGACUUCCCAUAAUGCAGUUUCUGUAAACCUCUCCCUGUAGAUUACAGACCUGCUGUGGUGAGGCUGGGAGCUGGGAUUCUGGAAUGGUCUAUGUCACUCUGUGGUGGUGAUGAUUAUGGACCUAAUCUCUCUAGAUUACAGUAGAUAUGAUGAUGAGUCGUGCUUUCUCUGGUCGCAAUCCUGCUGAGAUGUGGGGAGGGAAGGGACCUGCGGCAGAAAAUGCCCUUAGUAAUGUAGUAGUUCUAUAUUGUGUAGAAAUCAAUAUAUACAUUCUGCUGGGAGAUGGAAAGGGAUGUGUGGUAGAAUAUAUCCCUGCUUAUAGUAAUCACUGAUCUGACGUGGCUGGAUCUGUGAAUGCUGUGGACUGGAACCCUAUCAGACUGUGUCUAAUGGUAGAAGGAAAAGGGCUUUUUUCUUAUUCAACAUAUUCAAACAGGACCCAUUAUUAAAGUUCUGGAGCCCUCCUUCCUCAACUCACCCUCACACCCAUCCUUGCCCUUUUGUUUGCAGCCAUUUGUCAGGAUGAAGGUGCUGAUGAUUUAGUGUGUUUGUUUAUCUCUGAGCUUGGGGUUAGGGAGCUACGUGGGAACUCUGAAGGAGCGGUGGUGCGUGCGCUGUGGCGACAGUCGAGGCACCUUAAAAAGGGGUGAAAAGCUGACAUGCUUACAUCGUCGGAGGAUGAAGACGAUGAUGAAGAGUCUUCCUCAGAGGAAAAUAAACUGUACAACAACCAGAAGCUCCAACCGGUGGCUCCUCAGUGGGUGACUCCAGACAAGAUGGAAAAGAGGCUCCAUGCCGUUCCUGCCAGUAAGACUGUUAAAUUCCGUUGCCAGGCGACUGGUAAUCCCACUCCAACUUUGCGGUGGUACAGGAAUGGAAAAGAGUUCAGGAGAGACCAGCGGAUUGGAGGCUUCAAGCUCAGAGACCACAUGUGGACUAUAAUAAUGGAGUCUGUGGUUCCGUCUGAUAAAGGCAACUACACAUGUCUGGUGGAGAACAAGCAUGGCAGCCUCACACACACCUACCAGCUGGACGUAGUGGAACGUUCCCCUCACAGGCCCAUCCUCCAGGCAGGCCUGCCAGCUAAUCGUACGGCAGUGGUGGGUAGUGACGUAGAGUUUGUCUGUAGAGUGUUCAGCGACCCUCAGCCCCACAUCCAGUGGCUCAAACGCAUCACCAUUAACGGCAGCAGAGUGGGGACAGACGGACUACCCUACGUACGUGUACUGAAGACUGCAGGGUUUAACACCACAGACAGGGAGAUGGAGGUGUUUACUCUGAGGAACGUGUCUGUGGAGGAUGAGGGAGAGUACACCUGUCUGGCAGGAAACUCAAUAGGAAUGUCUCACCACUCUGCCUGGCUCAGUGUGAUCAAAGACGUGCCUCCCUCCCCUGUACCGUCUCAGGCCUACCUGCAGAUUUUCAUCUACUGUGUCGGCUUCUUCAUCAUCAUGCUCCUAAUCGCCAUAGCGACCGCCUGCCGAUUACGCUGCUCCCCGAAGAAGAGCGACUUCAGUAGCCAGCUGGCUGUUCAUAAACUGGCGAAGAGCAUUCCCCUACGCAGACAGGUGUCAGUAGACUCCUCUUCCUCUCUGCAGUCUGGGGUGUGUCUGGUCAGACCCUACCGCCUCUCCAGCGGAGCCACGCCCAACCUGGCCGGCGUGUCAGAAUAUGAGCUGCCUGCGGACCCGCUCUGGGAGCUGUCACGAGACAGGCUGUCUCUGGGGAAGCCACUGGGUGAAGGAUGUUUUGGUCAGGUGGUGCUAGCAGAGGCUGCAGGUCUGGACAGAGAAAAACCCUCCCGUCUCACCAUGGUCGCAGUGAAGAUGCUUAAAUCGGACGCCACAGAGAAGGACCUGAGUGAUCUGAUCUCUGAGAUGGAGAUGAUGAAGAUGAUCGGGAAACACAAGAAUAUCAUCAACCUGCUUGGAGCCUGCACACAGGACGGCCCUCUCCACGUGGUGGUAGAGUAUGCAUCUCAGGGCAACCUGAGAGAGUACCUGCGGUGUCGGAGGCCUGUGGGUCUGGAGUACUGGUCUGGGCCUACCCAGGCCCCCUUGGACACCCUGGAGGUCAGGGAGCUGGUGUCUGCUGCCUAUCAGGUGGCAAGGGGCAUGGCUUACCUCGCCUCACAGAAGUGUAUCCACAGGGACUUGGCAGCCAGGAAUGUGUUGGUGACAGAGGACAAUGUGAUGAAAAUCGCAGACUUUGGGCUGGCCAGAGACAUCCAUCACAUAGACUACUACAAGAAGACCACCAACGGUCGCCUGCCAGUGAAAUGGAUGGCACCGGAGGCUCUGUUCGACCGCAUCUACACACACCAGAGUGACGUGUGGUCGUUUGGUGUGUUGAUGUGGGAGAUCUUCACUCUAGGAGGCUCUCCCUACCCUGGUGUCCCCGUGGAGGAGCUGUUCAAACUGUUGAAGGAGGGACAUCGUAUGGACAGACCAGCCGCCUGCACAGAGGAGCUGUACAUGGUGAUGAGAGACUGCUGGCAUGCUGUUCAGUCUCACAGGCCAACCUUCAAACAACUGGUAGAGGAUCUGGAUCGCAUGCUCUCACUCAUGGCCAACCAGGAGUAUUUGGAUCUGUCCAUCCCUGCGGUCCAGUAUUCUCUAGUGGGUCCAGACACCAGCAGCUCCUCUGACUCGGUCUUCUCCAGGGAGCCGACCCACGGAGCAGAGUACUCUUCCCGGAGCCCGUCCCGGACCUCCACCCUGCUCUACAACCAGCACACCCCCCCUAGGACCCCUUCUCGGGCCUCUACCCUGGCCUACGACCACCAUAUUCCCUCCCGGACGUCCACCCUGACCUACACCAUACCUACCCGGCACACCACCACCCGGGGACACAGCCAACGUUGAUCUACCAAACCCUUGCCGCACACCUUAACCUAUCCACCUCCCUUUUAGUCAGUCCCUACCAUGAGCUCUGCCCCCAGCCCCUCCUACCCCCCACCCCCUGACUUCUACCCCCAGCCCCUGCUUGGUGACUGGGAGGCCUACCAGAGGGGAGGACACUACCUGAGUGCUUUAACCCCUUGUUCUCCAGUCUGCCCCGGAGCGGGGUUCAUUUGACCUGCUUGGCAUUUCUGGGGAGAGGCUCAUUAACAAAGAUGAAGACAAUGGCAAAGAUAGACAGACAGAGGGUCAUAACAGAGUCAUAAGACAUGCAAUAGACUUUUCACAAAGACUCUUCUGUUCUCCUCCCUAUUAAUAUGGGGAUACUCACACAGGAGCAAGAGGAGGAGGCUGCUAAACAUGAUUUUCAUCGCCAUAUUAUGCACCAAACUGCUGCUUCGUGAGUAAACCCAUACAGGCUAUUAAAAAGGAAAUCUUAUCAAGGGAAAACAAUUAAUUCACUUCUUUUUUUAUUGAACCUUUAUUUAACCAGGCAAGUCAGUUAAGAACAAAUUCUUAUUUACAAUGACGGCCUACCAAAAGGCCUCCUGCGGGGACGGGUGCUUUUUAUAUAAAUAUAUUAUGAAUUGUGUCAUCUGAAAAUAUAUUUCCAGGGUUACUUUUUUUUUUAGAUGCUUGCUUGUUUUUAUCCCUGUCAAUGAAAGAGUGGAGUGGAUAUGAUGCUAUGUGUUCGCAUCAGAGGAAAGAAGUAGGUAAGAUGCUAUGUGUUUUAAUAAGCUAAUAUCAUACCAGCAGUGUUAGUCAGGGCUACAGUUACCGUAUCACCCUAUAGUCUAGACUCUAUGGACACCAGUGUUACGUUGAAGGUAAUGAUGAUGUGUGCUGAGGAUAAUGUUCAUGGUAAUGUAAAUGGUUUUAAAACAGUGGCAAAUGCACUUAUCGCCAAUGGAGGUCUACCUUCCUUUACAGAGGAUGCCUUUAUUUGAAGGACUGUAAAAUAAAAGACAACAGUGUUA